GAGCGCUCCAGUUUCUCUCUGUGGAAGAUCGCGAAGAAGCGCCAUCGUCCAGCUUUCACUAAACGUCAUGGAGGACUCUAGUAGUUGACAUUUCCUUUAACCUUCUCUUUUCACGCUUUCCUUCGUACGGUCAUCGGUCCGUAAUCGGUGUAAUCCACGAACUUUCUCUUGCGUCUCUCUCGGUUUGAGGAUGAAGCUCAUCAUCGGCAUCGGAGGGGUCACUAACGGCGGUAAGACCACGCUGACGGACGGCCUGAUCAAGAGUUUGCCGAACUGCUGUGUGGUUCAUCAGGACGACUUCUUCAAGCCCCAGGAUGAGAUUGAAGUCGAUGACGAUGGCUUUAAGCAGUACGAUGUCAUCAGCGCUCUGGACAUGGACGCCAUGAUGAGCACCAUCACUGCAUGGCAGCAGAACCCGGUGAAGUUCGAGAGAUCUCACGGUGUCAACAACAGCCUGGACGCCGAGAUCCUGCCGCGCUCCCGAGACGACGUGCACAUCCUGAUCGUGGAGGGUUUCCUGCUCUACACCUACGGACCUUUGAUCGAUGUGUUCGACCAACGAUACUUUAUUUCCAUUCCAUACGAAGAAUGCAAAAAGAGGAGGAGCUCAAGGAACUAUGCCGUGCCGGACCCCCCCGGACUCUUCGACGGACACGUCUGGCCCAUGUAUGUCAAACAUACUAAAAUCAUGGAGGACUCCGGAGUCGAUGUUGUGCAACUGGACGGGACCAUGUCGAAGGAGCGGCUGUACAACAUCGUGUUCGGGAACAUCCUGAACCGCAUCCAGAAGGACCGGCCCUGAACCAGAUCUGAUGGGCCUCUGCAGGAGCUGUGCUCGUAUCGACUCCCGCCGGCAGCGUUUACUCCAUUGCUGUUGUUUUUUAUCAGUUUUUAUAUCCUGUAUUUAUUGCUCUCCGCCGUUAUACGGCUCGUCUGUCGACAUCCGGACGGAGACGCUUCUAUGCAUGGCUGCAGACACAAGCACAAACAAAUAAACAAAGCUCCUGCAACACCA